UGCCGCCACACAGACUCGCCGUCAUGCGGAGGCCACGCCUGCCGCCCUCCACUGGACAGCGGGCAUGCCCUUGACUGCCGCGACGCAGCGCGCGGCCUGCAGCCCACCAAGGUGGCCAUGACCGCAGCCACCGCGGCCGUGCUGGGGUUGCUGCUGCAGAUGUACCCCGUGUCCGGGCUGCCUCAAGGGCUGUCUCGGCCCGCGGCCACCAAGCCUGGAUCAACCGGGGCGACGAGCAGCACCACGGCGAUGACGGCCGCCAACAAGAGCCUGCUGCUGGUGCUUAACCAGCACAGCAAGCCCAACCUCGUCAUCAACAUCAACAAUAACAACAACUACAACGGGGGCGUGGUCAUUGGCGGGGGCUUCGAGAACUGCGGGAACAACCGGGGCUGCAGCCGGUCCUCGACCAAGGGCUCCACGACGCCCUCCAAGGGCGCACCGACCACCACGCCGACGGCGGCGGCCACCGCGGUUACCACCAGUGCCACAGCUACCAGCUCAACGGCAGCUACCAGCACGAGGGCCGGCUCAAGCACCACGAGUGCCGGCGGCAUCACGUCCACAACUACGACCAAGACCGGAGAGACGACCACGGCAACAAGUUCGACCAAGGACAUUGGAUAUCUGCUCAUCAUGAACCACGCCUCGUCCAAUGUGAUUGUUUUGGAGCCGCCUGGGAGUGCGGACAAAGCAGACGACGCUAGAGGCCCCGGCAUCAACACCCGGAGGCCCACACCUCUCGCUCUGGUCACCAGCGCCGCGGACGACGAGGACGCCAAGGCUGCCGCCACCAAGUCGACGGGCACGACGUCGACGGCGAGCAGCGCGAAGCACUCGGCGGUCACCACCGCGAAGCACAAGGUGGUGACUACAGUGGACGAGGAGGAUGUGAAGGCGGGUGUGUCCAAGACGACGACGGGUGCGAGCUCGACGGAGACCAGCACGAAACAUCCCAAGAGCACUACCGCAAUGCACAAGGUAGUGUCUAGCGCGGACGAGGAGGACGUCAAAGCUGGAGUGACAAAGUCAACUGCCGGGCCGACCUCCGCGGCUACGACGUCCAUCGGCACCAGCACGAAGCCCGCGUCGAGCACUACGGUGAAGCGCACGGUGGUGGCCAGCACGGCCGGCGGCUGUCAGACGAUGGUAGAGGAACCCGAGGGCGAACAAGCGGCUGACGUGGUCUCGGCCAAGGCCAAGCUGGUUGAGGUAUGCCAGGUGCAGAUGAAGUCCGAGGAGGCCGCUGAGGAGACCGCGGCUAGGAAACUCGUUCCGCGGCCAGCGGCGGUCAUGAACGUGAGGGUGGUGGCGGAGGCCUCUGGCUGCGAGAUCUCCGUCAAGUCCGUCACCGCCGCCGAGGACGGCCAUGAGGACAUGAAGGCCAGGAGCCUCAGAACGAGAGCCGUGGACGUGAGAGUGGUCGCCAGCCCGGGCGGCUGCAACGUGGACGUCAAGUCCGAGGCCGGCACCGCGCUGGAGGGCAAGGCCACCACGUCCAGGUGGUGGACCAGGCCGCAGUACUGGCCGUCGUCCAGGCCGUCGUCCAGGGUGGCGUUCACCAUGCACCUCGCCGUGCUGCCGCAGCCGUCCGGUGGCUGCCACGUGCACGUCCGGGCGGACGACGACGCCAGUCACCAGGACGCCGACGACAAGGCCCACGCCAAGCACGGCGGGAUGGGCGUGCACAUCACACCCUAUCGCACUGGUGCGGGCUGCCGCGUGGAGCUGGCGAGAGGCCAAGGCAGUGGCCAGGGCAGCAAAGGCUCAACGUCCCCGAUGGCCACGAAGACGCCUUCGAACAAGGCCGCGAAGGCCUCCACCGCGCCAGCGCAAGGGAAGACGUCGCUUCCGCCGUCAGGCCCCGGUGGCCAUGGCGCGGGUAAGGAGGACGACGACGCGGACCUGUCCCGGUGACUCGACGCGCUCGACGCCCUGGCCGAUGUACCCGCCUCGCUCACUUUGCCGCCUCUGACGCAGUGGCCGCGGCGGACGCGCUGGCGGACGCCGACGCCGUGGUGCCACUGGACCCGGACGACAUCGCGGAGCGCACGGGGAUCUGGUCGGCACUGGGGCAGACGUUGCGCGCCGUCAAGGUGACCAUGAUGAACGGGGCCGAGGCGGCGGGCAGCGCCGUGGCCAGCAUGGCGUCGCGCACCGCGAAGGGGCUGCGCGUCGCCAUGGACAUCGAGAUCACCACCACGGCCACAAACGCCACUGGGACCACGGGGGCCUCCACCGAGGCGGCGGCGUGACGUCCGUCAACACCAAGCCGUCGAUUAAAUCAAAGUUGUUUGCCUCAAGCGCA